GAGCCGCGUCACGCGCCCGCCUGCUCGAGUGCGGAGUGAGCCCUACCGCGUCCGCCCCGGCCCGGGCUGCGUCGCGCGCAGCCAUGGAGCGCAUCGAGGGGGUGGCUGUGGGCCGCUGCGCGUCCUCACCCUACCUGCGGCCGCUCACGCUGCACUACCGCCAGAAUGGCACUCAGAAGUCGUGGGACUUCAUGAAGACACAUGACAGUGUGACCAUUCUCCUGUUCAACUCUUCUCAGAGGAGCCUGGUGUUGGUGAAGCAGUUCCGGCCGGCUGUGUAUGCCAACGAGGUGGAGCGCCACUUCCCAGGGUCCCUGGCAGCCAUGGACCAGGACAGGCCACAGGUGCUGCCAGGGGCACUGCCUGGCUCUGUGGGGGUGACGUACGAGCUGUGCGCCGGCCUUGUGGACCAGCCUGGGUUCUCGCUGGAGGAAGUGGCCUGCAGGGAGGCUUGGGAGGAGUGCGGCUACCGCCUGGCCCCGUCCGACUUGCGCCGGGUGGCCACGUACAAGUCUGGCGUGGGAGUGACCGGCUCCAGCCAGACCAUGUUCUAUGCAGAAGUGACAGAUGCCCAGCGGGAAGGUCCGGGCGGAGGCCUGGCGGAGGAGGGAGAGCUCAUCGAGGUCACGCACCUGCCCCUGGAUGGCGCCCAGGCCUUCGCGGACAACCCGGAUGUUCCCAAGACGCUCGGCGUCAUCUUUGGUGUCUCAUGGUUCCUCAACUGCGUGGCCCCUGGCCUGGGUCUCCAGUGAGUCUCCAGAGGGUCUGGACAGAGGCCAGUCCUGGCCAACCACCCUGCAGACCCAAUAAAAGCUGCUGUAGCUCCA